UUGUUGAUAGUAUGUAUUCAUAUAUUUCGCACGAGCGAAACUGAGAUAAUAUUCUGUUGUUAUUUGAAGUUUUUAUAAAUAAAAAGAACAUUCAUUUGAUUUUUAUUCUAAAUAAUUAAAUGAAUUAGCUAUUAAAUAUGAAUAAUUUAAUAAAAGCGAUUAUUAAAAAAGAGUAUAGAAAUUGUGAACAUUUAGUAUUGAGGUUAUCUCGCAAUAUUAACUAUAAAUCAGGAAUAAUAAAUAAUAUGAUAAGAUGCACAACAAAAUUCAAUUAUGUUAUUAAUAUUCGGACGAUUAACCAAUUUAAUAAUGAGGAAAGACAAUCCAUAAAACAAAACUUAUAUUGCAAUGAUGUAAAUAAAAAUAAUCGAAUUACGGAAAAUCAGUAUGCUCGUCAAUAUCUUGAAAAUUCUAUUUAUUUUAAUAAAACAAUUGUGCCAGAAAGAAAAUACGAAGUAAUAGUUACGGACGAACAAGCAGAACAAUUAUUAAACAAAGAUUGGUCGACAGUUCACAUCGUCGAAUUAGUUUCUGAUCUCAGGAUAUUGUCAUAUAAUAUCAUAAAUAAAACUGAUCAUGAUUGUAAUGAAAUAAGAUACGAACGUAUCUUGAAUGCUUUAAAGAAAAAUAUUAACAAUCUUACAGGUAAUUUAUUAGAAGAAGUGUUAAUCAAUUUAUUACCAUUUCAUAAAUAUUUGAAAAAUACAAAAGACUUUAAAGUUUUAAUUGAAUCGCUUGAUAACUAUUGUGAAAAACAAUAUAAAUAUUGGCCUAUUGAUAAAAUGUUUUUAAUAGCUGAUACAUUUUAUUGUCUUGGUAUGUGUAAAUAUAGUCAUUUUAUAUGGAAAUUAUUAAGAAAAAUGAAUUCAAAGCUAAAUCAAUUAACAUCGAAAAAUUUAAUACAACUUAUGUUUUUUGUUAAUAUUAAACGUAAAACUCCAUUAAAUAUGUAUGAAGUAGAAGUCAUUUUAGAAGAACAUUUAAAUGAUUUUUCUAUAAAUGAAUUGGGUAUAAUAGCAAUGGGAUUUUUUAAAAGUAAGACAAAAAUAAGAAAUGCUACAUUUUUGAAAGCGAUUAUAAAUCGUUUAAUUUGUGAAAUAAACGAAGUGGAUAAUAUUAGCCUAGCAGCUUUAUUAAAAUUGAUACGAUACAGCAUGAAUUAUGAUGAAAUGAUUAACUUUAAAAUGUUAGUAGAUAGCAUUAUACCAAUUCUUCCAAGACUCACUUUACAAUGUUUAGUUCAUAUAAUACAUAUUUAUGCUAAAGCACAUAUAUACGUGGAGUCAUUACUGGAUACAGUUAUAACAAGGAUAUAUAAUGAAAUAAGGGAUGCAAGAUUGAAAGACAUAGAAAAAUUAACAUAUGCCUUAAAUACAUUCUCUGUUGAAUCUACACAUCCUAUAUAUGAUAAAAUAAUUGAGGAAAUUACUAAUCGUGUAUCUAAUGAUAAUUCAGAGAUAAUUAACUACACAUGGAGGUAUGUUAAUAUAUUACGAUAUUUAGCAAGUACAGGUAUAUAUCCCCUCCAUUUGAUAAAAAUAGCAUUUGAUCCAUCUUAUACAAACUUAAGAACUAAUGACUACAUACUUGGCUGGGAAUAUACUAUGUUAGAAUAUUGUCUAAAAACAGAAAAAUCUGAGUAUACUGGUCCAUUCCUUCCACCAGGUAUUCUUCUAACUUCAACAAAGCGACAAUGGGCAAAAAUGGAUAAGGACACUAAUUCCAUAGUACGCAAGAUAUUUAAUGAAGUUGUAUAUAUCUUGAAGGAAAUCAUUGUAAAUGAUAUAAAUUUGUAUACUGGUAGAGUAUUACCUCAUUUUCUACAAAAUCAUAUUAUAUUUGGUCUGGAUGAAAAUCAAAAUUUCAUCUCAGCUGAAUCAAUUUUAUCAAAAAUACCUGAUGUUGACAUCAAGAAAAUAAAUGAUACAUUUCCGAAAAAUGUAAAAUGGAUAGCACUUGUCGUAGUACAUUAUAAGCAUAUCCUUAGAGAAACUAAUAAACCAACAGGUAUUAUAAUGGCAAAACUAAGGCAACUGAAAUAUAUUGGAUACACACCUAUUCUAAUAAGAGGUGAUGACUGGUUGAAAUAUACAAAUAUAACGGAGAAAGAGAAAUAUCUGAAAAAUCUUAUAACAAAUGCAUAAACUGUAUUUUUUCUAUUUUUAUCUUACCUUUAUAGAAACUUAAUUUCAUUGAAAAAUUAAUGUUACAUUAAUAAUGUUAUACUUAAUACUAUAUUUAUAAUAUGUGACCUAUUGUUUAAUAUAAUGUUCAUUUACUAUAAACUCGAUCAUUUCUUCGCAAAUGA